UGUGGCCCCAUUGAGCUCCGCCCUGUGAUGGGAAACUCUCGUCGGCGGUCGGGCCCCACACCUCGUCGCUGAAAAGCCGCUGAAGAAUUAAGAGGUCCAUGCGAAAGGAGAUCCCUUCCAGCUAUCCUCCUUCUGCCACGUGGCACUCGUGGCGCAGUACAGAUGGUCAGCUCGCUGGAAUGCUCUCCCUCCGCUCUUCAGCAGCUGCGAACGCUCUCCCGUUCUGCAUAAUCCCAUUCUUUUCGAAGCGGAACUAUUUCACCUUUAGUCCAGAAGAGAGUGUAUACUGAUGGCGACUGUCAGUGCUUCACACUUCGUAUCAAAAAGCUCUUGUUUUGAUUCAGAGAUGAAACCCUUCACAAGAAAUGGAGAGUGGAAAGGAACUUCUCAGCUGGGGAGCAGAACCAUGUCUCAUCAUGGGUUAAGGUCUCAGAAUAAAGUGGAUUUGCUAAGCAUACGAAGCAAUGUGAAAACAAGAUCCUUGCAAGCUUGGAGGAAGGGAUUCAAACAUGAGAAGGGCAGGCAGUGGGGAGUUAUUGUAUGCGGAAGUGGGAUGAACAUAGUCUUUGUGGGAUCAGAGGUGGCUCCAUGGAGCAAAACUGGGGGUCUUGGUGAUGUUCUUGGAGGACUGCCACCAGCCAUGGCGGCCAAUGGGCACCGUGUCAUGACUGUUUCUCCGCGUUAUGAUCAGUACAAAGACGCAUGGGAUACAAGUGUUGUGGCUGAGAUACCAGUUGGGGACAAAACGGAAGCUGUUCACUUCUUCCACUGCUAUAAAAGAGGGGUCGAUCGUGUUUUUGUUGAUCACCCAAUAUUCCUUGAGAAGGUAUGGGGAAAGACCGGCGGAAAAAUCUACGGUCCUGUAGCUGGAGAGGAUUUCAAAGACAAUCAGCUUCGGUUUAGCUUGUUGUGCCGGGCAGCAUUGGAAGCCCCUAGAGUUCUGAAUCUUAACAGCAGCGAAUAUUAUUCCGGGCCAUAUGGGGAAGAUGUUGUGUUUGUUGCCAAUGACUGGCACACUGCUCUAAUCUCUUGCUACUUGAAGGGUGUAUACAAACCCAAUGGGUUUUACAAGAGUGCCAAGGUAGCAUUCUGCAUACACAACAUUUCCUACCAAGGCAGAUAUGCCUUUUCGGACUUUUCGCUGCUCAAUCUCCCAGAUGAGUUCAAAAGCUCUUUCGAUUUCGUUGAUGGGUAUGAAAAGCCUGUGAAAGGAAGGAAAAUCAAUUGGAUGAAGGCUGGAAUAUUGGUAUCAGAUAGGGUAUUCACUGUCAGCCCAUACUACGCUGAAGAACUUGUUUCAGGGAUAGCCAGAGGUGUGGAAUUGGAUUCCAUCCUUCGCAAGACCGGCAUUACUGGCAUUGUCAAUGGGAUGGACGUUCAAGAGUGGAAUCCGUUGACGGACAAGUAUAUCGAUAUCAAAUAUGAUGCCACUACUGUAUUAGAUGCAAAACCUCUUAUAAAGGAAGUGCUGCAAGCGGAAGUUGGGUUGCCUGUGGAUCCGAACAUCCCCGUCAUAGGCUUCAUUGGCAGGCUUGAAGAGCAGAAAGGUUCAGAUAUUCUAGCAGCAGCAGUUCCCGAAUUCAUUGGAGAGAAUGUUCAGAUAGUUGUUCUUGGAACUGGUAAAAAGCCCAUGGAGAAGCAACUCGAGCAGUUUGAGGUUGAAUACCCAGAUAAGGCUAGAGGAGUGGCAAAAUUCAAUGUUCCCCUAGCCCAUAUGAUAACUGCUGGAGCUGAUUUUAUGCUGGUUCCAAGUAGAUUCGAGCCAUGUGGCCUAAUUCAGCUACACGCUAUGAGAUAUGGGACUGUACCUAUUGUUGCUUCAACUGGUGGAUUAGUUGACACCGUCAAAGAAGGUUUCACUGGAUUCCAGAUGGGAUCCUUCAAUGUCGAUUGCGAGGCUGUCGAUCCCGUAGACGUGACUGCAGUUGCCACAACCAUCAAGAGAGCCCUUUCCGUCUACGGCACGCCUGCUUUCACGGAGAUGAUUGAUAACUGUAUGGCCCAAGAUCUUUCCUGGAAGGGACCCGCGAAGAAGUGGGAGGAAGAGCUGCUGACUCUAGGAGUUGCUGGCAGUGAACCUGGCAUUGAUGGAGAGGAAAUUGCUCCUCUUGCUAAGGAGAAUGUGGCCACUCCGUGAAAUCUCAAGUCAACCGACACUAACCUAAGCUUUUUACAACUAACUGUAUCUGUGUAAUUCAUGGCUCUGUUAGCUGGGAAUUGUCACAAGAUGGAAGCACAAUCUUUUUUGCUUAUGUAAGUCCAACUCUCUUACUAUGAACAGAUGUUAUCUUUUAUGUCUGC